AUGGCCGCAGCCGUCGACACCGGCGGCGCUGCGAUCGUGGUCAAAGGCGUCGAUGUCUGGGCCGGCGACAGCCCUCUCAUCCUGGACGUGAACUGGAGCGUGAUGCCGAACGAGCGCUGGGCGAUUCACGGCACCAACGGUUGCGGAAAGUCGACGCUGCUCCGGGCGAUCAGCGCGGCAGCGAAUGGCGGCGGCGGCGGCCGGCUCGCGGACGGCGGCCAGCUCGUCGUGUCGUCGUCGCUGCGGCUCGGCAUGCUGGAACAGACCGCGGUGUCGGGCGCCGACACGACGGUGCGCGAGGAGGUUGUCUCGCGGAUGGAGAGGUACCAGGCGGCCAAGGCUGCGCUCGACUCGGCGGUCGAGUCGUGCGUCCUCGGCACCGACGAGGAGCUCGAGUGCCUGGAGGCGGCGCAGUCGGAGUACGCGGCCGCCGGCGGGUACGAGAUUGAGGCGCGCAUCUCAAAGGUGCUGCAGGGGCUCGGCUUCGAGACGGAGGAGUUUGACGCGCCCUGCUCCUCCUUCUCUGGCGGCUGGCAGAUGCGCAUCGGCCUCGCGCGGCUGCUGCUCUCCGAGCCGGAGAGUCUCCGACGAGCCCACACCACGGUUCGGGAGCUGCUCAUCAUGGACGAGCCCACCAAUCACCUCGACGCCGCCGCGCGCCGCUGGCUCGGCGAUUACGUGGGCGCGUACCAGGGCACGGUGCUCGUUGUCUCCCACGACGCCGAGUUUCUGCGCCGCGCAUCCAACAGCAUCGCCGAGGUCGCGGGAGGGCGGCUCGAGCUGUACAAGUCGGUGACGUACGACAAGUUCCUGGAGGAGCGCGAGGAGCGGCAGGCGCGCGUGCGGGCGACGGUGGAGGCGCAGGAGCGAGAGCGCAAGCGCAUGCAGGACUUCAUUGAUCGCAUGGGCGCAAAGGCGUCCAAGGCGACGCAGGCCAAGGACCGGCAGGGCAAGCUCGAGAGGCUGGCGAAGCAGCAGGCGGCCGCAAAGGCGCUGCUGAUUGGCCAGCAGCGCCGCCCUUCGCUCACGCUCGCAGCGCCGCCGCCGUGUGGCAUGACGCCGUUGGCGCUGGCCGGCGCCGACAUCCGCCACCCGCUCGGGGCGCAGGACAUCAUCACGGGCGCCGACCUCGCCGUGGCAAAGGGCAUGCGGCUAAUCUUGCGCGGCCCGAACGGCGCCGGUAAGUCGACGAUCCUAAAGGCCCUCGCCGGGUCGUUGCGUCUGGGCGAGGGGCAGCGCGUCGCCGACGAGCGGCUCGAGCUGGGCGUGUUUGCGCAGGACCUCGCGCAAGAGCUGCCGCAGGACGUGGUCGCGUUCGAGUACGUCUCGCAGACCGUCCGCCGGACAGACGGCACCGUCACGGACGAGCGGUGCAGGGCCGUCAUGGGUGCUCUCGGCCUCGUCGGCGACAAGGCGGCGCGAUCGAUCGGCGACCUGUCAGGCGGCGAGAAGGCGCGCGUGGCGCUCGCGACAUUCUGCCUCACGCCGUGCAACGUCCUCCUCCUCGACGAGCCGACAAACCACCUCGACGUGGACGCGAUCGCCGCGCUGCUCGACGCCAUCGGCAAGUUCAACGGAGCGCUCGUCGUCGUCUCGCACGACCGCGCCUUUUGCGAGGCGAUUGACGCCACGCACGUCGGCUAUGUCGCCGACGGCAAGGUGCUGGUCGAGGAGCGAUCGUUGCGGCAGUCCGACUUCUCAGAGUUGGACCGCGGGGUGGUGAACGUGGCGGGCGCGGUGAGCGCGCCGCCGCCGCCGCCGUCGCUGGCAGAGCCAGAGCGCACGGAGGAGGAGCGCGGGCCGCAGGACUCCGCGCCGAAGCCGCCCGAGAGCCUAGAGGACAAGAUUGCGGCGGCGGAAGCGGCGAUCGAGGCGCUCGGCGCAGAGCGGGCGAGCUGUGGGGAGGAAGGGGCAUUGCUGGCAGAGCUGGAAGAAGAGAAGCGGGGCGCGCUGCAGGCCGAGGUGGAGGCGUGGCGCGCCGAGCUGGAGGAGCGCGCUGCGCAGAGAAAGGCCGCCGAGGAGGCACUCGAAAAGGCGGAGUAUGCCACCAUCGAGGCUGACGUCGCCGAGCUCGAGGCUGCCGCGGCGAAGGCUGAGGCUGAGCUGCAGGAGGUGAUUGCCUCGAGGAAGCGGCUUCCUCAGAUGCAGCAGUUGGCGCUGGUGAAUGCGGCCGCAGCCGCGCGCCGGGCUGCAGAUGAUAAGAUGGACCGAUACUUGGAGCUUGAAGAGAUGCUCAGAGCUUGCCGAGGAGCGAGGCGCUUGAGCGCGCCAGUCGAUACAGCAUAA